AUGCAGUUUCGUGUGGACAUGGCCACAAAGAAAAUUAUGAGCAUUAUCCGGCAGAUGUUGAAUCACCUCAGCAACCUCAGGAAUCCUUUGAGCCAGCGUGGCGGUGACUGCAGCUCGGCGUGGCGGAGCCCUUUGUUUGCGGUGGGCAUCGCAACAUUCAACCGUCAGCUCUCAGCUGAUUGCUGCUGUGUGUUUCCUGCAGUGUCGGCUGCAGGAAACUGCGGCUCUCCUCCUCCUGUUCUCUGUGACGCUGCACCAGUGGUUGCAGUAAGUGGUGGCCUGUCAUCAGCCACCACACUCAUUGACUGUUGCUGUUUUGGCUUUGCUGUCCCGUUUCUGGCCUUGCUGUUCUGGUUUGGCUGUUGUGCUACAUUGGACACUGGAUAUCGUCUCUGUCCGGUGCUGUAUUGGCCAAGUCGGGUUCGGCCCGAGUGUUUCGCCCGCGGACCUUGGCUCGUGUCCCCUCCCCUUCUCCGGACGGUCCGGCUCCUGCUCGUCUUUCCGGACCUGAUCUUCUACCGGUGCUGGGUACCUGAGCGGCAGUCCAACCUGGUGGUGGCGUUUUCACGGUUUCCUUGUGUUCUUUUUUUUUUUGUGCGUCAUGUCACAGGUGUGGUGGUGGACCCUUCCCCUUAUUUUUGGUUUCCUGUUGCGGUGGUCAGUCUCAGCCCUGUCCUCCAUUAUUUUGUUUUUGUCAGCCUGAGUGUUGGCUGA